AAAACAAAAACAAUAAAGGUAUCGGCGCGCCAUUCGAAAACAGACGAAAAUGGCGUGGUGGAGGCGUCUACUACAUUGAAAAAUCCAUUUACGAUUCAUAUAUUCGAUGGAUUUGCAGAUAUAAUGAUAGUUUUGGAAUAUGUGCUCAUUUUAGGGAGCGUCAUAGUCGUUUCAUGUUUUAUUUUGAUAUCCUUCGCCAUGAAUUCAUCUCCGUCCACCGCGGAAGUUCAAGCACCUGACAAGGGCCAUAGUCCCAGUCGCAGGAAUCGACGUGGUCGAAAAUUAAGACAAACUCCCCCAAGUUCAUCGACACCGCAACAGAGACAAAGUGCCAACGUGAGGCACAGACGAACUCGACUCGCUGACAACGAUGAUACCGUCGAAAUGCACAUUGAUGAUCCUCCUCUUCCAGAAGAAAAUAUGGAUAUUGAUGAUGAUGAUGUGGACUGUGAAUGUGGUGUGCAAAACACAAUGUCAAACAAGACUCGGAUUAAAGAAGGAAGGGAGAACAAGAGACGAAAGGAAAAUGAGUCAUUGUUGGUGACAAAAAAGGAUUCUUCUCCAGCUCGACUGAAAGACUUCAGCCAUCCCAUCUACAAAGAGAUGUCGUUAAGAAACGGAAGUGUCAACAGAAUGACCAAGAUUGACCUUCAGAAUACUUUGCAAGAACUUGGCCUGAACAGAUUAGGCAGUGCAGAUGUCCUGAAACGUCGUCUGAAGCACCACUAUUCCAAGGAGUCCCUGAAGGUGGCAGGUCUGUCUACUGAUGUACCAAUCAGGUUUGACUACCUAUGUGUGAUUGAUGUAGAAGCGACGUGUCUGGAGAUCAACCCAGUAGAUUACGUUCAUGAGAUUAUUGAGUUCCCCAUUGUUCUGCUCAACACAAAGACGUUACAAAUUGAAGACACAUUUGAUGCAUUUUGUAAGCCUGUUGUCAACCCUCAGCUCUCCAAGUUCUGUUCACAACUCACAAACAUCUCACAGAAAAUGGUUGACAAAGCCGAUACAUUUCCUGUCGUUUUGGAAAAAGCUGAGCGAUGGAUGAAACAGAAGGGCCUUGGAAGUAAACACUCAUUUGCAAUAGCCACAGACUGUUCUUUGGACAUGGACCUGUACCUGAAGCUGCAGUGUCUGGUCAGUGAGAUCACCUACCCCCAGUAUGCCAAGGAAUGGGUGAAUAUCAGCAAGGUCUUUGCCAACCUCUACAAGACCAAACGGUUACCGCUGAGGGCCAUGCUGGACAGUAUUGGGCUGGCCUUCAUAGGACAGCCCCAUAGAGGGAUAGACGAUGCCAGAAACAUUGCCAGGAUUGCGUUGCAGCUGAUCGAGGAUGGUGCGGAGAUGAAGUACAAUGAAAAGCUGACACCGACAUAGCAGAGGGCUUUUUGUUAGAUAUGAAGUAGAAAGAACUGUUCAUCUGUCUUUGGUUACUGACAACUAUGUAGCAAAGGGUUUUUGGAGAGUUGUGACAUAGAAAGAAUUGUUCAUAUGUCAAAGGCAGCUGGCACCUCUGCCCCGACAGUGGCCUCAGAGCACUUUGAAGACAGGAAAGAUAGUAGAGUCAAGCUAUUGUUUGUUAUCCGUGGUUGUCCCUCCAAUCCAGUGUGUACUAUGAGUUGUCUGGUUGCAUGAGGAGUUGUUAUCAAAAUGCAGCUUAAAAAUCCAACGCAACUUGAUUUUCAACCAAUCUGAUGUGCGUACUUGGGGAUUUGCAAUUGAUUUUUAGUUGCUUUCAAAUGCAACUCUUUCUGCAACAGACCCACUGGUGCUAUUGUCACUACAGAAGUUGUUUUUCCCAUUUCAAAAAAGGUACUUUGAAGAACAAUGUCCAAUCAAGGAACAAAUGGAUCUUGGUUUGGUAUUUUUGUAAUAGUAUUAUAUUAAGGUAAAUUGCCACUUGGUCUCCUAUCACUCUGUCUGCAUUCCUUUUGGUCUCAUCCCACAUGGUCUAAUACUAGUUGGUCCACUUACCAUUUGGUCUAAUUGCCAUUUACCAUUUUCUUAUAUUUUGACUUUAGACUAUACCCAUAUCAUAUGAUAUAUAUGGUAUAUGAACCAAUUUUUCAUUUGACAAACUUCAAAAUAAUUAGUAAACGAAGUAGAAAAUAGACCAUUCGGGCACUAGAUUAAGACAAUUAGACCAAGUUAGUGUUAGACCAAAUGGUGGUUGGACCAAAAAAUUAUUAGACUAAAUUGAUAGUGGACCAAGUGCGUCAAGCCAGAAUGGUACGAGACCCACUGAGAAUCAGACCAUCGGCUAGUAUGCCAAGUGGAUACUGUAAGAAUAUCUAGUUUUGAGUUACUUGUAGAAGAAAGAGCUGAAAGGCUUUAGAUCAGUAUGGCCCAUAGAUUGGAACACCUCCAGUAAUGUGUACUGGAGCUUUUUUUCAUAAAACUUGUAUUUUUAUUGCGAUUUAUUUUAUCAAUGUUGAAGAUUACAUAAUGAAGUGUCAUUAACUUACAAUAUCACUGGGCACUAUAAAGAAAAUUAUUCAACUCACCAUUUUAAUUUUUUUUUUAAAGAGGUAAAGAGUGAAAGAGAGAGAAAGAGGAAGUGGCUUUGUGAGAGAGAGAGAGCAUAGGCAAAUUUUUUUACUACUACUAGGUUAUAUCAGUUCAUGCUAUAGUCAACAUUAUGAAUAAGAUGUUUGCACGUUGCAGAUUAGUUUAAAGGUUUUAAGCAAGUUUAUUUUCUAAACCAAAAUAGUCUGAACUUUUCACUUUAUUCAAUUUUAUGUGCAUUUACAAUGAUCUUUUGUGCAUUAGUUUUAGUGAGUGUAAACAGUAUAUUGUUGCCAUCAUGUUAUUUGUUUGUAUAAUCUUAGUUACAUGAGCAGCAAUCAGUGACUCUGGAAUUCUCUUGAUCCACCCGUCUUUUUUAUAAUUAGUUAUGCAAAUGAUUUUCAUUCCAGAAGACCAGACUUUUAUCGGUUUUCUCCUUUUAUGUAUUUUUUUCAAUUGAUCUAUGUAUUAGUAUUUUCAAAUAUGCAUUUUUAAACCGUUUCUAGUGUUGGAAGGAAAAUCGUUCCCCUUGAACAUGAAACAUGUGCGAGAUCGUUUCACUCGUGACUUCUCAGAGAAUUACAAGAGAUUUCUGAGAAUGCACUAAAAUCAAAUUUAUGCAUGUUUUUGCAUGAUUUGAUUUGGGUUAAGGGACACACUCAUGGGAUAGGUUUAACAGUUUCUAACAUUCUCUGUAUUGGUGAGUGGAGUCAACGUAGUUCAGUGGAACAAGGAAUGUACGGAGACUGAAGCUUUUGGUACACUCAUGGGAAUGCCUUAAAAAUUGUGACAAAUUUGAAGAGUGAAAAAUGAGAAGUAAACUUAUUAAUACCAGCAGCAAUAAUUUCAAAGGAUUAUUAGGAUUCCAAUAGUGCUAAGGAUGAAAAGCUUUAUGUGCCAUUCUGUGUUUGCUUGGGAAAUUAUUAUUAUGAAUGUGCUUCUCUUUUUCAAUGUUUUUUUUUUAAUGGUCGCAAAAUAAAUACUAAAGGAAUAUUUUCUCCUGCUUUUGAGGGAAAUUUGAAACUAUUAAUGCAUGUCAAUCCCCGCACGACGGGUUGAAUUGUAUGAUUAACAAAUUGUCCCUUGGCUGGCUAAGAGUAAGUAGAUUACAAGUGCCCUGUAUUUUCAAUUCAGAAGUUACAGGUAGAUUUUCCUUAGAAGUUUAAAUCAUAAUUUCUUAAGCAUAGACUUCCACUUGGGCUCAUUAUAGAGAAUUUUACCUUGACCAUAUUGUACACGUAGGUCCUAAGUUGGAUGGCUACAAAUAGUGAGAUUCAGAGUGAUAUAAACUCAAAUAUCAAAAUGUUUUACUGAUAUGCAUUUAUAUGUUCAAGUAUUGUCUUUUGAAAUUGGAUAUCGUAAUAUUUUGUAUGAUGCAUAGCAUUCUUCCCAAAAAGGACUUAGCAUGGCUAAGAAUCCCCUAAGAUCAUCAAUGUAAAGAAGAACAAGAUGUAUUUCAUUGAUAAUAUUUUGGUUGAUAAUAUAAUGUGACUUAUAUGACGUACAAAAAAAAUAAAGCGCAAUUAUUUUUUAUUGAUAAAUUAA